AUGGUCCCGGGAGGUACGGGACGAGGACCGGGUCCCUGCAGCAAACCUCCUAUGUAAAAAAAGAAGAAGUGUUUUCUGCGCUUAAACCACGCACACGCAUGUUUCUGCUCUUUGCGUGUACGCCCAGCCCCGCAUCCAAUCACCUAAUUCUCCUGCCUCUGCUAGCUGAGAGUGCAGAAGAGAAGGAAGGCGUGCCUGGCUGAACAGAUGUGGAGAUUUCAGCUGCCUGGCUGUAUACGGAUCAUAACGCUUGCUCUCUUUCCCUGAGUACUCUCUUUUAUGUCAAAUAUCUGCCCUCUUCUCCCAGUCGAGCGCACGAGGGACACUCACCGUUUUUAGCUCUGGGAGGAUUUUGUGGAAAAAAUACUGUUUUCUUUGCCUGACUUUUUUUAAAUUCACCGUUCAAACUGGAGACGCAGGUGAACUACGACUGCGGGGAUCAGUUGAUCCAGCUUCAGCUCUCUGGUUCGGGUGAUUGGACACCCUGUGACACCAAGGAGGUGGAGAUCCCCAUAGGAGAGAUGGAGGUGGUCAAGGGCCAGAUGGUGGUGUUACAUGCUUGGUACAGCCCCAACUCAGACAUUUCCAAAAACUCUGUGGUUUGGCUCUUCACGGGAAAGAAAUCCAAGCAGGUGAUAAACUUCAGCGCGGGCGAAGUCGGGCACGGGCAGAACGAGUUCACCAAAAGAGUGGGCUUCAGUGCGGCCAUGCCGUCGGCCAACCUCUCCAUCUACAUCAACAACACCCAGGAGUCCGACUCAGGGCAGUACAUGUGCUCUGUCAUCAUCCCUGGCAGUUCUGGCAUUUUCGGACAGAUGCACUUAAAUGUCAAAGUCCCCCCUUCUCCCCCGGUGUGCAGCAUGACAGGAAGCCCAGUGGUGAAGGGCAACGUGACUCUGAGCUGUAAGUCCAGUCAUGGAAAACCUGUCCCUCACUACAAAUGGACCAGGGCUGCACCCAUGUCUGAGGUCUUCUUCGCCCCAAUGCAGAAAUGGAGAGUCUGUCCCCAGCCCAUGCUUGUCCUUGGGUUUAUGGAUGAGAGACACGGCACCCUGAGGCUGAGCAACCUCACUAAAAGCAUGUCGGGGAAGUACAUAUGCCGAGCCAGCAACACCGCCGGCUCCGACAGCUGCUCCAUUAACCUGGAGGUUAUCACCUCUUCUAAUGCAGGCAUGAUUGCAGCAGCUACGCUGGGGUCGAUAGUGGGACUGGUGGCCAUGGGGCUGUUCCUCAUCUUCAUACUGAGAAGGAGAGGGGACACUGAGGAGGAGAUGGCCAACGAGAUCAAGGAGGAUGCUCAGGCGCCAAAGCGAGUGUCGUGGGCAAAGAGCAACACCGGCUCGGACGUCGCAUCCAAGAACGGCACGCUGUCCUCCAUCGCCACCAGCCCGCGACCUCGAGACCCCCACCAGGCGAACUUCCACUACCCAUACUCCCCCACGUCGGCCUCAGACACCGGCUCGGUGAUCAACGCCUACCAGCUGCGACCCGGGGAAGCCGGCACGCUACAAGGACUCCCCGGCUACAACGCCGGCGGCACCCCGUCGCGCAAACACAAGCGGCCCUCCAGCGCAAACGGGGGCCCCCCGCAGCUUCACCGGACCCCCGCGGUGGCCGUCCCCAUCAGGACCGAAGGGGCUCAGCCUCAGGUGCCGCCCCCGUCAGCGGCGUCGCCGCAAAUCCGCCCGUCCACUCUGACCCGCAUGGGAGCGGUGGCUGUCAUGGUGCCUGCUCAGAGCCAAGCCGGCUCGCUGGUGUAGGCCGGCAGGGGGGGCAGUGGGGACAGUGGGGGGGGGGGGGAAAGUAUGCCUUGAAAUUGAAAGCACCUUCUCCACGAAACGCCUGAAUGGUUGUGAGAGAAGACGUCUCGCCGGUCGCUUUGGAUUGAUAGUCUCAUUUCUAUUUUUUUUUUUGUAAGAUGUAUAUUUGUAUUCCCAAAAGGAUAAUAUAAUAACUGAUCAAGAGAGUUGUUUGAACUGAAUACAGUGUGUCUUGAUACUGUAAAACCAUAAAGAAAUGUUUGAGUUUUUGCAGUUCUUGCACAUUAUAAUGCCGUUUAAGGAUCACUUCACUCACUUCUCUCAGGCCAACUGCACCAGUUAAAUAUCACACUUCAGGUAUUUCAACUUUCAUUUUGUCACUUUCUUUGACCCACUUACAGUUUGCCCAUAUGGUUUCUUGACACCCAUGUCUUCAGAGAACAUUUAUGAUAAUUUUGCCUGUUAUGUUAGUUGGAAUGUAACAAAUAGUGUUGAAGUUGAUGGUUUCUUUCUAUUUUGUUCAAAGGUGCUUGGUAUAGAAUGAUGUUACUUUAAACGUGAGGCCAUUUAUCAAUGGGAUAAUAUUGGACCAACCCCUCUGCUGAUGGUCUUAUUGUUUUCAUUGAAGUAUACUAAAAUCUGGAAAUGUGUUGGUGAGUUAUUGAGGUUGAAAGGCUAUAUGUAGCACUUUUAAUGCAGUUUUGAUUGUUGAUCAUUUUUCAAUAAAAAUGUUUGCGUCCAGCAG